GUCAGCAAGGUAAAUGGUGACUAAGCAGAUGUCUAGUAACAGAAAGAGCCCUUUUGUGUUCCUGACACGGCUUAUACUCCCAGAAGGGCUACAGAAGCCCUCAUUAAAUGGUCCUCCAGGUGUUACCCAAUGAGCACCAGUGGGCUCUCCCAUGAAGGCAUCUGUUAAAGUUUCAUAAUGCAAUUCAGUCCAGUGCCACAAAUGUGCCUGUGUACUUUCUCUGUGCAAGGCAUAGCAUGGGUACUCUGGAAAGAGACUGAAACAGGAAGAUCAUACAUCCUGUGACCCCACGGAGUGCUCAGCACAGUGGGGGAGACCAGUACAUCUUUCCUGAAGGAGGGUCUCAUGAGGUGAUGGGGUGAGCCCACAGCAGAGGUCUGUAUCUGGCUGGAAUGUGGAAGUGUGGAGGACAGAGGGAGGCGUCUCAGCAGAGUGCUGGGGCAGCACAGGGCAGUGACCACGCACUGCAUGCAGCGUAGCUGAGGGAAGCAAUUUGAAAUACCUGCCAGUCACUUCCCAUCACAUUCCUGGACUGGUCCAUGAGGAAGGUGUUGUCCAUCUUAUUUCAGCAUUUCAGAGGCAUCAGCGGGUUGCAAACCGAAAAAGACAAGCAGCAAUGCCUACACAUGCAGAGAUGCAUGUGAACAACAAUUUCUUGCUAGUUAGGAGGUCAAUGCUAAGGACCUCGCUGUGCUUCCUGUGAACAUGGAUGCCAAUUUCUUUCUGGGUAGAGAGCCUUCGGUAUUUUGAAGAUAAAAUUCCACGCUUUGCUUUGGGACAAAUUCCAAAAAUAUAAGCUUUGUUCAAAUUUACUUUUCUUUUUAUCUUCCUUAGUUGUCCAGGUUCAAAAGUAUUGCUUAAUAAAUCUGUUUCUAAACUCACAUUGUUCUACUGGCAUGAAUUGUCCCCAAGGCAAAGACCACAGGCUACUUUUGCGAGGACACAUGUCACUGGGAAUUUCCGGAAAUGCUAAUCUCUUAUUAUUGUGCUUAAGAGUCAAUCAUUGGCAGUGAGUGUAAUUUUUCCAAUUAACAUGUGAGUACACGCCCUGAUUUGGGUGCAGCUUUUAUGCCCGCCCUUCUUCCACCUGCUGCGUUACACGAGCUGGGAAUCCAGGCGGCUGGGUUGCUCCGGGCUGCGGUUCUGCCAUGGCUCCUGCGGCGCUGCCUGGGCCCCUGGCCCUGUGUGUGUGUCUGCUGCUGACGUCCGGCCUGGCCGAGGCAGGCAAGCUGCUGGUGGUGCCCAUGGACGGCAGCCACUGGUUUACCAUGCGGUCCGUGGUGGAGAAACUCAUCCACAAAGGGCACGAGCUGGUUGUGGUCAUUCCGGACGUGAGUUGGCAACUGGGACAAUCACUGAAUUGUACAGUGAAGACUUAUAAAACUUCUCACACCCUGCACGAUUUGAACCGUGAGUUUGUGAGUUUUGCUGAUGCUCAAUGGAAAAAUCAGGGUCAAACUUUAUAUUCUCUUUUAAUGACUUCAGCCAGAGGUUUCUUUGAAAUUGUUUUUUCGCACUGUAGGGAUUUGUUUAAUGACAAAAAAUUGGUAGAAUACUUAAAAGAGAGUUCUUUUGAUGCUGUGUUUUUGGAUCCUUUUGAUCUGUGUGGCUUAAUUGUGGCCAAGUAUUUUUCGCUCCCCUCUGUGGUCUUCAGCAGGGGAAUAUUUUGUCAUUAUCUUGAGGAAGGUGCCCAGUGCCCGGCUGCUCUUUCUUAUGUUCCCAGAAUUCUCUUUGGAUUCUCAGAUGCCAUGACUUUUAUGGAGAGAGUACGGAACUAUAUCUUCCACUUGGAGGAACAUUUAUUUUGCCCCCAUUUUUUUAAAACGGGGUUAGAAAUUGCCUCUGAAAUCCUCCAGACACCUGUCACGGCGUAUGACCUCUUCAGCCACACAUCAAUCUGGCUGCUGCGAACCGACUUUGUUUUGGACUAUCCCAGGCCUGUGAUGCCCAACAUGAUCUUCGUCGGUGGCAUCAACUGCAAGCAGGGAAAGCCACUGUCUGAGGUGAGUUGUCUCUCUUGUAGCUCAUGAGGAGUUAUCUGGCUUUGGACAUUAAGAGAAGAAAAAAGUUUCCUUCCUUAGGAGUGAUGUGUCGUUUGCCUUUGUUGGAUUUUGAAUUCUCUGUAUUUUAACAAAUUAUUUUGUGCCAAUUCCCUUAAUGUGGGUUAGCAAAUAUUAUAAAUCCUCCCAUUGAUGUGUAUAUGUAUACACUUGAGAUAGUUGUACAUAAUUUUUAGGCUGUAUUUUGUGUAAAGUCAGGUGGGGUUUUUGGUGUUGCUCAGACUGGCCUCAAAUUCCUGGCUAAAACAGUUCUCUUGCUUCAGCCUUCUGGUCAGCUUAGAUUACAGUCUUAUGUCACCUAGCCCAAUAGAAGGUGGGAUUUUUUUAUUUGUUUUUGAUACAGGGUCUCAUUCUUUUGUCCAGGCUAGAGUGCAGUGGCAUCAUGAUAGUUCAUUGCAACCUCAAACCCUGGGCUUAAGCAAUCCUCCUCCCUGAGCCUCCCAAGUCAAUAGGACUACAGGCCCGUGUCACCAAGCCCAGAUAAUCUUUUAAAAAUAUUCUGUAGAGACAGGUCUGGCUCUGUUUCUCAGGCUGGUCUCAAACUCCUGGGCUCAAGUCGUCCUCCUGCCUUGGCCUCCAAUGUGCUAGGACUACUGGCGUGGGCCACUGCCCAGCUCAGGCUGCAUUUAUUAAGUCUUUUUGGAAAAGUAAUAAAGGACACAGUAAGAGAAGAAGCUUCCCUUUUUUGCUAAUCUCGUGCUACUCCCUACAAGAAAAUGCUCCUAGCAGUU